CCCACAGAGAGAUUUCUCAGCACUGCGCUCCCUUACCUGUUGAGCAGAGCCAGAUCUGUGCGCUAAAGGAGCCAAACGAUCUCAAAGCAACGAGAAAUUAUCGGGGUAACAUACAUGUACCAGCAUCGGUUUGGAACGAUUAUGGAUUAAACUUUUUGGGUCUGAAGAUAAACUACUACCCACAGAUCCCGAGCUGAGAUACUUAACUGCCAGACUAGACCAUGGACUGGAAGACCUUUCAGGCCCUCCUCAGUGGGGUGAACAAAUACUCCACGGCGUUUGGGCGUGUUUGGCUGUCAGUGGUGUUUGUGUUCAGGGUGAUGGUGUAUGUGGUGGCAGCAGAGCGAGUGUGGGGUGACGAGCAGAAGGACUUUGACUGCAACACCAAGCAGCCCGGCUGUGCCAACGUCUGCUAUGAUCACGUCUUCCCCAUCUCCCACAUCCGCCUAUGGGCCUUGCAGCUCAUCUUUGUCACCUGCCCAUCAUUCAUGGUGGUCAUGCAUGUGGCGUAUCGUGAUGACCGUGAGCGCAAGUACAAGGCCAAGCAUGGCGAGGACACCAAGCUGUACAACAACACGGGCAAGAAACACGGCGGCUUGUGGUGGACCUACGUGAUCAGCCUCUUUGCUAAGACGGGCAUUGAAAUCGCCUUCCUCUAUAUCCUACACCGAAUCUACGACAGCUUCUACCUGCCAAGGCUGGUCAAGUGUGAAGUGUCGCCUUGCCCCAACAUCGUGGACUGCUACAUCGGUCACCCCACUGAAAAGAAAGUCUUCACAUACUUCAUGGUCGGAGCUUCAGCCGUCUGCAUCGUCCUGAAUAUCUGUGAGAUCAUUUAUCUCAUCUCCAAGCGCUUUGUAAGGUGUGCAAAAAAGGUUAAAAGACGCAACCGUGCCAUGGACCUCCAACAUGACGACUUUGAGGACCCCUUUAACAACUACAACCGUGUUGGGUCGAAGCAUGAUCUAAAGGAAAAGCCUGCAUUCCUCAAAUCUUCAUACAAGUCUCCUCCAUACAGGCCGUCUACACUCAGAGUUGAGGAGAAGAUGAUACGAGCCUCUGCUCCUAACCUGUCCAUCUCAUGAUCAGAGCUGAAACCAGGCCAAAGAGCAGAAGCUCUGCAGAGUUUGGGCUACAAUCCAAAGACACAACUAAAAAAAAAAACAGAGACUCAGAACAAUGAGCCAAACUACAUUCUGUCAGAGCCUGGAAGUUGAGUCAUCAGUACUGGAUUCAUCCUGUGGACCCUUGUGUCCACAUGCAAGACUUAAGGAGCACAUGAACUUUUGUGUACAAGUCAAAACCUACAUUAUUUACAAUUUGGCUUGAGACAAAAUUGGUCUGUUGGUGAUAUGUGGUUUUAAUUUUUGAAUAAAGGUUCACUCUGUAUUUCUUCUGAUUUGGGUGGGGGGAAGAAAAAAAGCCACAUAGAGAAGGAGGACACACCUGAAAGAGGUCUGUCCACAGUGUCAGAGCACACUAUUGUUACAGAGUCUUUGCCACCCCCCUUUGCUUCAGUGAUCUUUUUAAUUUAAUUUUAACUUUAACUUGUGGAUUUGCUUUCCCAAUUUUAUGGUAAAGAGUUGUGCGGUGGAGUGUGGAAGCUCCAGAGCUGAUAAUCAUGUUUGAGUCAUACUUGAAGUUGUGCAAACUGACUUAAAAAAUGAGGUUUUUAUUUCAUUUGUUUCUCAUAGAGGAUUAACUGUGGUAACAAAAAUGCAUAUGCUGUUGUUCUUUCUGAAUCCUUGGUAGUCAUGUUGCUUGGUCUCAGGUUUAUGCUGUAGACACGCUGUGUUUUGACGUACUUGUACACAACGCCUCCCUAUCCAAGACCACUGUUGAUUUAAAAGGUGAAAGGAAUGCUGCUGUUUAAUUCAGUGCUGGUAGAGCUGGAAGACUGUGGAGUAACCGAGAGGACACACACACACACACACGGCUCACUGAACUGUAUUCAAGUAUUUUUGUGAGUCACUCAUCGGCCACAGUGGAAGUCAGGUGGAAUUGUAUUUCCUGUCCUUGUUAAUAUUUCAUUUUUAUAAUUGUAAAGAUAUUAAGUGUUUGCAAUAUGUUUGUCUGAUCUUUUAUCAGAGCGUCACUCCAUGCCAGUUCAUCAAAUGCCUCCCGGCUGAUUAUCUGAGAUUCGCCAGGAUAAAAUAAAUAAAUAAAAUUCUUGGGAAAAAUA